UCUGUCUCUCUUCCACGCACUUGUACACAAUAGGUGUACUACUUACUGCGCUCUGGCAGAUUUUGCUGAUGCUUUUUCGUGUGUGCGGCUUUUGCUGUUUGCUCCUCAUAUCAUACCGUGAAUAAGUAGGUACUGUGAAUAGCCCCAGGACAUUAUAAGUAGUGUGGCGACGACUGAUGUGUGCUGCCGUGGGCUGUCGGUGACGUGACCAGUGUGACUACGAACGACACGAACGAAGUAGAAGUAGUGAAGUACACGCAUAUACUUGAGCCUUGACGCACAUCGUCGUCGGAGUGUCGGACUCGUCGGUCGGGCCCCACAUCAGUGCUGCAGAGUGUGUGAGUGCGUACAUCACCUCUUCUCUCGCGCUCCGUUCGUUUCGUUGUCGAUCGGCAACCGCGAGAGAGUACCAAAAUAAAUAAAUUGAUAAAUAAAGUAGCCGAAAAAGAGAGAGUGCGCGAGUGUGUGUGUGUGUGUGUAUACACGAGAGCAGCAGCUCCCGAGGAAGUCGGAGAGGAGGCAAAAGUGUCCGACAGAAGGUGUAUUUAAUUGCUCGACAAAACAACGACAUGAGCGUGGACGCGUACGGACCGAGCAGUCAGACGCUCACGUUUCUCGACACAGAGGAGACCGACCUCAUUGGGGCAGACACCCAGGGCAGCGAGUUCGACUUCACGGAUUUUACUCUGCCCUCCCAGACUCAAGCUUCCCAACACGACCCGGCCACCCAGCCUACCCAACCGACCCAGCCAACAGCCGUGCAGAUCAAUGGUAAUGUUGGGACCUCUGCUUUGGAACUGAAAAUUUCCGGAGCAGCCCAAACUCUUGCUGAGCUUCAAUUUGAAGAGGAAGAAGAAGAAGCUUAUUAUAAUCGUGAUUUGCCGGAUCAUGCUUGUAAAUACUGUGGUAUCCAUGAGGCCUCUUGUGUUGUCAUGUGUAAUGUCUGCCGCAAAUGGUUUUGUAAUGGCAGAGGCAACACAUCAGGAUCUCACAUCAUCAAUCACUUAGUUCGUGCCAAACAUAAGGAAGUCACUCUGCACAGAGACGGCCCACUCGGUGAAACCAUAUUAGAAUGCUACUCCUGUGCUGUGAGAAAUGUCUUUGUAUUAGGUUUUAUACCAGCAAAAGCUGAUUCUGUUGUUGUUCUUUUAUGCCGCCAACCAUGCGCCGCACAAAGUUCUUUAAAAGACAUGAACUGGGAUCAAGAACAAUGGAAGCCAUUAAUUGAAGACCGGAGUUUUCUGUCUUGGCUGGUAAAAAUCCCAUCCGAACAAGAACAGCUUCGCGCCCGCCAAAUAUCGGCUCAGCAGAUCAACAAGCUGGAAGAACUCUGGCGUGACAAUGUCGACGCUACCUUCCAAGAUCUUGAGAAGCCGGGCGUGGAUGAAGAGCCACAACAGGUUUUGUUACGUUACGAAGAUGGAUAUCAAUAUCAAAAUAUUUUCGGUCCUCUUGUAAAACUUGAGGCGGACUACGAUAAGCGAUUAAAAGAAUCGCAGACGCAAGAAAACAUCGAAGUACGGUGGGACGUUGGUUUAAACAAGAAAACCAUUGCGUACUUUAUGCUGGCAAAGACGGACGGCGAUAUGAAGCUCAUGCAUGGUGAUGAGCUGAGGCUGAGGUACCUAGGAGAACUGCACAAACCAUGGUCUGGAAUUGGACAUGUCAUUAAGAUACCCGACAACUAUGGAGAGGACGUCGGCAUCGAACUAAAAAAUAAUUCUGGUGCUCCAACCGAGUGUACAAGUAAUUUCGUUGUCGAUUUCAUUUGGAAAAGUACAAGCUUUGACAGGAUGCAAUUGGCAUUGCGUAAAUUUGCAGUAGAUGACGUUUCCGUGUCUGGCUACAUAUAUCAUCGGCUCUUGGGCCACGAGUUCGAGGAAGUUUUAUUCCGUUGCCAUCUACCCAAGCACUUCAGUGCACCGAAUCUGCCUGAUCUCAAUCGUUCACAAGUUUACGCUGUAAAGCACGCGAUACAGCGCCCGCUAUCUUUGAUCCAAGGUCCUCCUGGUACUGGUAAAACGGUUACCAGUGCAACAAUCGUUUACCAACUGGUCAAACAGAACGGUGGUCCGGUACUUGUAUGCGCGCCAUCAAAUACAGCUGUGGAUCAAUUGACCGAAAAAAUACACAAGAGCAAUUUGAAGGUGGUCAGGCUUUGUGCCAAGAGUAGGGAGGCUAUUGACUCGCCUGUAAGUUUCCUUGCGCUCCAUAAUCAAAUAAAAAAUAUGGAGACAAACACGGAGUUGCAGAAGUUACAGCAAUUAAAAGAUGAAACAGGUGAAUUGUCGAGUGUUGAUGAAAAGAGAUACAGAUUGCUGAAAAAAACUGCUGAGAAAGAACUCCUAGAGGCAGCAGAUGUCAUUUGUUGCACUUGUGUAGGUGCUGGUGAUCCCCGGCUGCACCGACUUAAGUUCCACUCCAUCUUGAUAGACGAGAGUAUGCAGGCCACUGAACCUGAAUGCAUGGUACCUGUUGUUCUCGGUGCUAAGCAGCUUAUCCUCGUUGGGGAUCACUGUCAGCUUGGUCCAGUUGUGAUGUGUAAAAAAGCGGCACGUGCUGGUCUCUCUCAGUCGCUCUUUGAGAGGCUUGUUGUUCUAGGCAUCAGACCGUUCAGACUCGAAGUCCAAUACCGUAUGCACCCGGAUUUAUCGAGGUUCCCCUCAAACUUUUUCUACGAGGGUUCACUACAAAACGGGGUGUGCGCUGACGAACGCAAACUCACCAAAAUCGAUUUCCCAUGGCCAGUUCCGGAUAAGCCAAUGUUUUUUUAUGUGACUCAAGGUCAGGAGGAAAUAGCCGGAAGUGGUACCUCAUAUCUAAAUCGUACAGAGGCAUCAAAUGUCGAAAAAAUAGCGACUCGUUUUCUACGCUGUGGUGUCAAGCCAGAACAAAUUGGCGUGAUCACACCGUAUGAAGGUCAACGAGCCUAUCUCGUGCAGUAUAUGCAGUAUCAAGGUUCCCUGCAUUCUAAGCUAUACCAGGAAAUCGAGGUAGCAAGCGUCGAUGCUUUCCAAGGCAGAGAGAAAGAUAUUAUAAUUAUGUCGUGCGUUAGAUCUAACGAACACCAAGGAAUAGGAUUUUUAAAUGAUCCUCGAAGAUUAAACGUUGCACUGACGCGAGCAAAGUACGGUAUCAUUAUUGUAGGUAAUCCAAAAGUCCUUUCAAAGCAGCCACUUUGGAAUCAUUUGUUGAGCUUCUACAAAGAGCAGAAAGUAUUGGUCGAGGGUCCUCUAAACAAUCUUAAAGAGUCAAUGAUACAGUUCGCUAAACCAAAGAAACUCAUAAAUGCCGCUAAUCCAGGCUCGCACUUUAUGUCCACAUCGAUGUACGAUGCCAGAGAAGCAAUUAUACCCGGUUCUGUUUACGAUAGAUCGGGCGCUCAAGUUAACGGUGCACAGAUCCAUAAUCCCUAUUACCAGCGCAACGUGCCAAUCGAUAUUUUCAGCCGCACGCAUGACACGAUUAGCUACAUUAGUCCUGAGCGUGCACAGGCUGCUAUGAACAACGUGCCUGUACCGGUGGGCAUGUUCAUGAAUAUGGCACAUGUACCACCUCGUUUCUACAACCAGCAUCAGCAGGCUCUUCAAGCUCGUCAGAAUCAACGAGUGCGACGGGGUGGUAUGAAUGCAAGAGGUAAAGGUAACAAAGUUGGCGGCGGCGGAGGAGCACGCCUUGGAAAACUAAGCCAGUCUGAACAGAACACACAGCCCUACAGCCAGCCAGGUCUGCCUCUGACGCAAGGUGCGACACAAGGAAUGUCACAGCCUGGCUUUAGUCUGUCACAGCCAGGAUUGUCGCAGGCAGAAUUGUCGCAAGACUCGUUUGCGGUUGGCGAAUUUCAGUCGCAGAUGGACGGCCUUUUAUCCCAAGACUCCACUUAUCAGGGCGAUCGAAGUGGUUUCUAUCAGUCUGGACAGUCUCAGGCUGGUGGACAGUUUUCCCAGCCAUACUGAGCCAAUUAAAAUGUGGCUGAGCAAUGCAUUCACCAUGCAACAGCGUCGCGGGAGCGACUGAAGAAAACUCGUUCGAUCAAUGAUAUUUAUCGACAAGCCAAUCAACCCAACAACUCAAAUCACUCUGUAACUGCGCGAAACGGUACCAACCAACUUGGAAAAUACUACAAUGCACGAUGCGCGAGAGGGAGACUGCUGACGCUGUUCGACAUGCCACUGUUUGUCGAUCAAGAGAACAAAUGAGACAGCUGAGGUCUGGAAUCUUUCUCCUUUAUUUAAUUGCCGAAAAAAAAGUACGGAUACCUAUGGAAAAGAUAACAUGGAAAUGACCAGGGAAUAUCAUAGCAAUGAAGUUAAAUUGAUUUUCCCUCUUAAUUCAAACCUUUGUUCCUUGCUUCACUUAAGGGUUCAAGGACAAAGAGCUAAAUUACCGUUUCACAUGACGGAGAUCAUCAGUUGACACUGGGAUUUUAAAGCGAAAAGUUUUUCGAUUUGAAGAAUAAAAAUACACAAGGAAAAUAAAAAUAAAAAUAAAAAAAAAUAAAAAAAAACGAAUGUGUGACGAAUACCAAUUACAAACGACUCGAAAAUAGAUUGUGAGAAAAAAUGCAACAUUUCUCUUAUAAUCUAGAAUCAACAUUUAUUUCGAAAGCUUACGAAUAUUUUUAAUAAUGAAAACGUCAUUAAAUAUUUUCUUGCUUUUGAUGGGAAAGUUGUUUUCUUGAUUAAAAAAAAAUUAUUUUCUGGUAUGAAAAAUUUACAUUGUUUCUUUAUUGUGUAGCUGUCUUGAUGUUGAUAACAUAAUUUUUUAAUUGGAGAAAAAAUACGCUACAACAAUCGGUUCUUCGGUUUCUAGUAUCAGUUAUUGUAAAAAAAAAGCACAAAAUAAUUUAAUGUAAAAUCUUUGAUUUUUCGCAAUUAACUUCUUACUACCUUUAUAUUUCUUGUUUCCUUUUGUUCGAAAGUGAACAUUUUAUUAUAAAUCAUAAUAAAAGUAAAAAUUAAUCGUAUGUUAAUUAAUAAAUUAAAUUAAAAAGAUGAUUAUUAUUUUUGUUAUUUUUAAUACCUCAUCUCCAAUUUCUUGGUACUAGAAAAUUCUUCUGAUUGUUGAGGUACUUUUUUUAUAACAUUAAUUGGUAAACUUUUAAUUAAACGACAUAAAUGCAAAAAGACUCAACUUCAAUAUAAAAAUCUUGAAAAAAGAAUUUAAAAUUCGUGAAACUAAAGUUAAUAAUUCUUGAAUACAUAUUUAGAAAAAGGUUAAAAUGUUCAUAAAAAAUUAUUUAAAAAAAAACUUUGAUAAAAAAUGGAAUUCAGUUUGUUGUUUUUAACUGACUGUAUGAUAGAGAAAAAUUUUUUUUUAAUUUCUUUCAAUGAUUUUUUGCGCAUUCGUUUGCAAAUGUUUCCCAAAUGAAAGGGUUCUAAAAUAUGAAAUAAAACAAAUGAAUAAAAUCUUAAUAUCACUGUGAAA